GCCUAUACGACCCAUGUCUCGGGUCUGUAAACGAAAAUCUCAUCGUAAACCCUCCACGGGACGGAUACAGAUAUAAUUUCUUUACAGAAAUAGGUGGCACAUGGCGAAGCUUUUGCGACUUCUCGGUUACAGAACUAGGGUGGGAUUAUUGCCCAAAACGUCGCUAGCAAUAUCUACAACUAGUGAAAUGUUGAAUCGGAAAUUCUCUUAUUUCAUAUUGGGCGGACAGUUGUCAAGGGAGGCAUCACAUUACGAAUUUCUGGGUGGGCAAUGGUGAGAAUAUACAGACAGACAAGAUUUAGAUUUGAUGGACUUAUGAGGUUUCGAUGACAGC